GAGUGCUUUAGGCCAGCCAGGGGCACUUGGAAGUCCAGGCGUUGCUUGUAGUGAGCCUGUGGUGUGGCUCUGUGGGACCAGGACCUUAAAGAUAGCCACAAUGGCUGAAAAUGGUGAUAAUGAAAAAAUGGCUGCUCCGGAGGCCAGGAUCUGUCAUCAAAUUGAGUACUAUUUUGGAGACUUCAAUUUGCCACAGGACAAAUUUUUAAAGGAACAGAUCAAAUUGGAUGAAGGCUGGAUACCUUUGGAGAUCAUGAUAAAAUUCAACAGGUUAAACCGUCUCACAACAGACUUUAGUGUAAGCGUGGAAGCAUUGAGCAAAUCCAAGGCAGAACUCAUGGAAAUCAGUGAAGAUAAAACUAAAAUCAGAAGGUCUCCAAGUAAACCCCUCCCUGAAGUGACUGAUGAGUAUAAAAAUAAUGUAAAAGACAGAUCUGUUUAUAUUAAAGGCUUCCCAACUGAUGCAACCCUUGAUGACAUAAAAGAAUGGUUAGAAGAUAAAGGCCAAGUACUAAAUAUUCAGAUGAGAAGAACCUUGCACAAAGCAUUUAAGGGAUCAAUAUUUGCUGUGUUUGAUAGCAUCGAAUCUGCUAAGAAGUUUGUAGAGACCCCUGGCCAGAAAUACAAAGACAUGGACCUGCUAAUACUUUUCGAAGAAGAUUACUUUGCAAAAAAAAAUGAAGAAAGAAAACAAAAUAAAGUGUAAGCUAAAUUAAGAGCUAAACAAGAGCAAGAAGAAAAACAAAAGUUAGAAGAAGAUGCUGAAAUGAAAUCUCUAGAAGAAAAGAUUGGAUGCUUGCUGAAAUUUUCGGGUGACUUAGAUGAUCAGACUUGUAGAGAAGAUUUGCACGUCCUUUUCUCAAGUCAUGGUGAAAUAAAAUGCAUAGACUUUGUCAGAGGCGCAAAAGAGGGGAUAAUUCUGUUCAAGGAAAAAGCCAAGGAAGCAUUGGAUAAAGCCAAAGAUGCAAAUAACGGUAACCUACAAUUAAGGAACAAAGAAGUGACUUGGGAAGUACUAGAAGGAGAGGUGGAAAAAGAAGCAUUGAAAAAAAUCAUAGAAGACCAACGAGAAUCUCUAAACAAAUGGAAGUCAAAAGGUCGCAGAUUUAAAGCAAAAGGAAAGGGUAAUAAAGCUGCCCAGCUUGGGUCUGCUAAAGGAAAAGUGCAGUUUCAGGGCAAGAAAACUAAAUUUGGUAGUGAUGAUGAACGUGAUGAAAAUGGUGCAACUGGACCAGUGAAAAGAGCAAGAGAAGAAACAGACAAAGAAGAACCUGCAUCAAAGCAACAGAAAACAGAAAAUGGUGCUGGAGACCAGUAGUUUAGUAAACAAAUUAAUUAGGUUUUAAACCGCCUUUGUUUUUGGAGACUUUAAAAUGAAAACCGAAUUAGGUCCACUUCAAUGUCCACCU